CGCAACACUAGUCGCAUACGUCAUCGGUCAAGCCUAACGUCAUUAUUUCUGAUAAAUUGAUAAGCUCAGUACUUGUUGAUUAGUUUAAAAAACCUAUUAAAUCAAUAACAAAACAAACUGGUGAUCUGUGUAUUGUGCGACGAGAAAAUGAAGGUGUACAUGUGCACUCCGCUACGCGUGUUCGAAAUAUUAGUGUUAACCAGUUGUAUAAAUUUUAUUUAUGGCCAAAGAUUUGCAGAUGAGAAUUACUACCCAGUAGGCUUCUACGAUAAUCAGCAAAGGCAGUAUGAAAUGAUAAAAACAGCUCUAAAAAAAUUGGAUAAUGAACCAGAAUGGGUGAAGGAUUGGCCAGACCCGUCAGUGAAAUUGGGCCAAGUGUCAGGAGUAGCGCUGGACAACGAGGGUCGUCUGCUGGUCUUUCACCGCGCGUCCAACGUGUGGGACGCAACGACAUUCUCCAACAGGAACGUGUAUCAACGCAUCGGGGAGCCACCGAUACCCCAUCACACUAUUCUCACGUUCAACGAUACGGGAGAACUUGUUGAUAUGUGGGGUCAGAAUUUGUUUUACAUACCUCAUGGCAUUACAGUGGACCCUCAGGGAAAUGUGUGGGUCACCGAUGUGGCUUUACACCAGGUGUUCAAGUUCAAACCCGAUCUAAGAGACAAACCGGCCAUGGUGUUGGGAGAUAAGUUCGUGCCAGGCAGGGAUGACAUGCAUUUCUGCAAGCCGAGCGCCGUGGCCGUACUCGCGAAUGGCGAUUUCUUCGUAGCCGACGGUUACUGCAAUCACAGGAUACUGAAGUUUUCACCGGAAGGCUCUAUCAUACUGCAAUGGGGGACAAGCAACGGCGACUCCCCGUUUGUGUUGAACGUCCCUCACGCGCUGACGCUGGCCGAGGAGCAGCAGGUGGUGUGCGUGGCGGACCGCGAGCACGGGCGCGUGCCGUGCUUCCGCGCCGACAACGGCACCUUCGUGCAGCACUACCGCAGCUGGCUCAUCGGCAGCAGGCUGUUCAGCGUCGCCUACUCUCCUGUUCACGGUGGACGGCUAUACGUCGUGAACGGACCAAAUGAGGCAGUUCCAGUACGCGGCUACGUAAUAGACUACCAGUCAGGAAAACUUCUGCAGACCUUCGCGCCAGCAAACCCUCACGACAUUGUCGUUUCCCCGGACGGAUCCAAGGUCUACGUGGCUGAGCUCAACCCCUACAAGGUUUACAAGUUUGUUGAUGAAACCCUGAGGAACGAGAGUCGAGUGAAUAAGAAGACGAAUUCGACGGUCCACGUCAAGCCGACUGCGACAGUCGAGGUGGCAGGCGUGUCGGUAGCGGGCAGCGGCGGAGAGUGGUGGCGGGGCGCGUUGGGCGGCGCGGGGGGCGCGGCGGUGGCCGCACUGCUGGCGCUCGCCGCGCUAGUGCCGUUGCGCGCGCGCAACAACGGUAAGGGCUACGAGGCCGAGCCGCUCGUCACCGACUAGGCUACUGCUUACCAGCUGGCACUGAUGCCAUUUACCAACAACACGCUUAACAAGACGGGUGGUUAUUGCCAAUCAUAUUUUUAUGCUGCGCUUGGCAAUUUCUAUGCACCUUCUAUCAUUCCAUGAUUACAUUGGUGGUAGUUAUCGUCCCGAUAGAUUCUGCUCUUAGUAUUAAAACGGUAAUACAUUUCCUCGUGUGUCUAUACAAAUUAUUUAACGAAAUUUGAUGUGUAUGUUAUGAUGUGAUUCCAGUGCUACCUAUUAAAAUAUACGUGCUAACCACAUGAAUACACAAUAUUAGUAAAAUAUUGCACGUCUAAGUAUUAAAAUUAUAUUUUACUAUUUUUAUUAUUUAAUAUAUGUCAGGUCCUAAUCCCUAAAGUGGUAGGCAGAGGUGCAACCAGGGCACCUACUUUUCGUCUUGUGUGUUCCGUUCUAUGAUGCGAUAGGGAGUGAGCCUAUCACCAGCGAUCAGCUGAAAAACCUAAUAUAAUUUUGACUAAUCCGCGACGUCAGAGCGAGAUCAUAUCGCGCACACAAUAUAACUAGUCCACUGAAGCAGCAAUUAGUAUUUAGUGUCAAUUUUUUUUUCAAUACUGGCGAAGCAUAUUUCAAUGCAAAUUUUAUAUAUAAAUACACUGCAUUGAUACUGCUUAGCAUGUUUUUGCAUUUAUAAUAAUAGUUUUCAUGUUAUUGCAGUGUGCAAAUCAAUUAUAUUAUUUUUGACAGCAUAUAAUAAUUAAAUUAAUAGAAAAAGAAUUAAAAAUUUACUUAAACCGAAUAAAUUAUUUUGUAUUAAAUUGAAAACACCAUAUUUUUAUGAUCUGAAUAUUGAAUAUGAAUUUAUAUAGACGAUUAUUUUGUUUACGUCAAAUAUAUAAUAUGUAAUUUAUGGUACUGGGAGGCAUAGCACUUCCAAAUAAAGAUUUUACAUCACUUUAAUACCUUGGGGUAAGUGCAACAUAGUGACGAGUAAACAUGAUAAUAAUGUUAAGUUUAUAUCUAAAGUAUUAAUAGAAUCUUAGAGAUAUUCACUAGCCUGCUCAUUAUGUUCUUUUUAUAGAUCUGAGUUUAUCUUUGUUCUUUUUUAUUUUGUUCUGCAACUGUUAUUUUCUGUACUUGUUAAUUUAAUUAUUUUUUAUUUGUCCUUUUGACUAUAGAUUCACUAAAAUAGAUAAUUACUUAUUAUUUAUGUAACCAAAUAAUCAAUUUGGUUUGGGGUAACUAGGUUGAUUAAUCUUAAAUAUUAUUAUUUUUUGUAUUUAUGUUUCGUAAAGCUUCCAUUUGUAAUAUUUUUGUUAUAGCAAUAGUUAAUAAAGUCUAUAAAGAUCUCUUUUAGUUAUAAAUUAACAAUAAAUACUGUAAUCUCUUUAUAUAUUAUGAGUUAGGUAGUAUGUUGAAUUAUUUUAUAUUGAAAUAAAUUAAAAUAUUGGUUUCGUGCCCAGUUACCCCAUGUCUAAAUUUUGGACGCUAUGGAUAUUCCGUAGUUGUCUAUGGCCUCUAAAACCCUGUUUUUUAUAUUCAUAUACUUAAAAUUUUAUUUGCGCUUUCAUGAAAUUGUGAUUGUGAAAAUGUUGUGAUGUUAUUUAAAACUAUUGACAUGUAACCAAAAUAUAUUUAUUGGAAGCA